CCGGGGUGGGGGACCUGGAAGUUUUAGCCUAGCUGUUCUGGAGGCGGAGUAAUCAGUCCAAGAAACAUUAUAUUCAUUUUUCUGGAUAUGCCACAAAAGGAUCCAUGCCAGAAACAAGCCUGUGAAAUACAAAAAUGUUUGCAAGCCAACAACUAUGUGGAAGCAAAGUGUCAGGCUGUCGUCCAAGAACUUCGUAAGUGUUGUGCUCGAUAUCCCAAGGGAAGAUCUCUUGUCUGCUCAGGAUUUGAGAAAGAAGAGGAAGAAAACCUGGCACUGAAGUCUGGAUCCAAGUAAAGUUGUGCUGAGAAGUUAAAUUCUGCUUCAUGUUUCCCUCAAGCAAGUUUUAUUUACCAUCCCUUCUUCAAGCCAGGUAGCAGCAAACAGCAAAUGAAAAAGUCAAUUGUAAGGGUUAGCAAAUAUGCCAUCUAUGCAAAAUAGACCAAAUAACCUAUGUUAGAAUAUAAAUAUGUAUAAUGUAAAAGGGAGGUAGGUGCUAAAAUAAACCUAUUUUACAUGAAA